GGUUGCAGUACUGCUACUGCUACUACGUCGAUUGCGAAACGCGCCCGCAGGUCUAUCCUCUUUGGGAACGGCCUCGUCAGUCCGAAGUUAAUUGGCAUCUUCAAAAAAAAGUUUUUGAAUUGUAAAAUGUCUUCGAAACGUAUUUGUCCCUUCGAUGAAGAUCUUACCCCGCAGAUGAAGGUUCACAUUGGAUUGAAAGAGGCAACAGAUAUUGCGGAAAGGAAUGAAGAAAUGAAGAGGAUCUAUGAGCGUACUUUGCGACUUUUGAGGAAUGGAUCGCAAAAAUUGAUUGGAAAAAGAGCUGACAAUGCCCAGAAUCCUACUAAGGGCGUUGGAUAUCACUUCGAACCUCCUCGUUUGAAGCAGAUGGUUAUGAAUGAUAAAUUGGAGCUUGAACACAGCAAAAAGAUUAUCUUGCCGCAAGCACAACAAACAUGCAGCAGUUGCAGGGAGUUGAAAGUCUAUGAACUAAAUCGCUGCUUUCACUGUAUUGAAUUCUACUGCCCAUACUGCCUGAAUGAAUGUACAAAGUGUUCGGAACAAUUUUGCUCAAAAUGCAGCUUCAUCAUAUAUGAAGGCGAUGAACACGUUGAAUGUCUGAAUUGCUAUCAUUAAUGGAUUUUGCCAUGAUAUUGUUAAUUUGUCUCCACGCCUGAUCCCCAGAAUGGUUGGUAGGAAUAAGUUGACUGAAUUAGUACGAAUGAGAAUGAAAAAUGAUGAUUAAAAAAAUUAUUUUUAUAUGCCUGGAAGGCUGGUAUUUGCAUGCUUUUACUACUAAGAUAAUUUUCAUAUUCAAUAAAUUUUCUAUACACGAAUACGUUCUUCAUGGA